UGACUUCAUUGGGCACGCGGCCACGGCCGGCAAGAGAGGACACGUUCUGGGCUCGGUUGCGUCCUCGUGCGAAACGACUACGGGGAGUUUGGCAAUUUUUCGCGUUAGACACACACAGACACACACACACACAUAAAAACCAACCGCCACGAUCAAGUAUUUUACACUCCAUUCAUGUUCUGCUUAUUUCUUUGCGUGGGAACUUGAAUCUUCGAAAACUUCAAAAAGACCGAAAAGCACCACGAUGGACGGCAACAGCAGCAGCGGCGGCGGCUCGCUCAACAUCAGCAAGCUCGACAACUUCACGCGGGCGCUGCUCACGGGACGCCUGACCACCGUCGCACUGCCCACCAUCUACGUGCUGGUCUUCGCCGUCACGCUGCCCUCCAGCGUGGCCGCCCUGCUGAUGCGCGGCACGCGCUCCUUCAAGCCCGGGGCGGGUCGCGCCGCCGACGCCGCCGCCGCCGCCGCGGGACGCCGUCCGUCCCCGACGAGCAUCUACAUCCUCAACCUGGCGGCCGUCGACCUGGCCUUCGUCAUUUUCCUCCCUCUGCAGAUCGCCUACCACUACGGCGGCAACCACUGGCCCUUCGGCCGCUUCCUGUGCCACGCGGUCACCGCGCUGCUCUACCUCAACACGCACUGCUCCAUCUACUUCCUGGCGUGCAUCAGCGUCGACCGCUACCUGGCCGUCCUGCACCCGCACGGCUUCCACAGGCUCAGGAGCGGCCGCUUCGCCGCCGGCGCCUGCGCCGCCACGUGGGCCCUGAUGGUGCUCGCCACGGCGCCCCUGCACGCCGUGGACCUGACGCGGCGCGUGCCCGAGCUGGGCGUCACCACCUGCUACGACGUCUUCCCCAAGAGCGACGCCGUCGUCACCUUCUUCCAAGUCUACUGCGUCGUCUUCUUCCUCGUCAUCUUCCUGCUGCCCUUCUGCGUCACCGUCUUCUGCUACGUGUCCGUCAUCCGCGAGCUCGCCAAAGGCGGCGGCGGCGGCAGCGGCGGCACCGCGGGCGGCGGCGGCGGCGGCGCCAAGGUCGGCAACUUUCGUCGCCGAGCCAUGCGGCUGUCCGCCGUGGUGCUGCUCAUGUUCGUCACGUGCUUCGCGCCGUGCAACUGCGUGCUGCUGGCACACGCGCUGCUCAACUGGAUACGCGGGAGCAGCGGCCUGUACGGGGUCUACCGGCUCACGCUCGCCUUCAGCAGCCUCAGCGCCUGCCUCGAUCCGUUCGUCUUCUACUUCAGCUCGUACGAAUUCCGCAGGGCCGUGCGCCGCCUCUUCCGCCGCGGGUCGUACUCCGGCGCCGAGGUGUCGAGCCAGGAGCACGAGGCCACCUCCAACAGCAAGGUUUAGGAACUGUGGCGGCGGGAUUUGUAGAAGCGAGGACUAUGCGAUGCUGGGGUAUCUUUGGAGCCGACUGCGUUGCCGUUGGCAACGCGACGGGAAAACACCACUGCCCUUGAUGUUAAGUAGCAAUCUGCAGUUUGGAUAAUUUAAGCAAAUCCCUCGAUUGACGGUGUUCACAUCUCACUGCAUUGACUUGAUGACGCAUACUUGCACAACACAGCCCCGGCACGCAUUUAGUCUCUGUAAGAUUGCGCACUUAAAACUGACAUUAUUUAUUUGCAUUUCUAAAUCAGUAAAACAUUGAAGAAUUACAAACGUAACCUUUGAACUGUUGUCAGAGCACAGGGGUGGAUGGCCGCGUGUGUAUUCUGCGGCAUGUCGUGCCGGGUCACUGGAGCUGGACUGCAUUGCAUCCUGCAUUCGUGCAUUCCUACUGCGUCUGAUUUCAACGAGCCAGACAGAACAGCGCGAUGACACGUUCGAGCGCCAAGGGCUUACUCACUUUCGACCACCCAAAUGUACAAAGUGAUCCGUACAAACCGGUUGAGUCCCCCGGAAUUGGAUUUCAUGAAACAGGUCUUUAAAAUGUCCCAUGUCUGAGAUGGAGGAAUACAUUGUGCGGGUAAAAAUUCCCAUCAACUCUUAGAUAUGACUCUUGCUUGUGUUAAGAGGCUUUGUCUCACCCGAACUGCACACUCUCCACUGAAGAUGAAAUGCUACAACUCGGGUUCCUGACAUUUAUUCCAGCUGUCAGGCAGGCAGGUGAUUACAAAAUGCAAAUGAAUACUCAGAUUACUCGGAGGUUAGCUCACCAGUCACUGAAGCUGUUUGCAUAAAGCAGCAAAUCCAUGACUUACGUUUGGAUUUGUCAAGACAAAUGGUGAUGUUAGGAUGCUGAUGUAAUUUACAAGAGUAUGCCAUUGCAUGCUACUGUCCUCGCACCGAUCUCAAACUUCAAGAACAGCCACAGUUCCCUGUUCAUAACAAUACACGGACUUCGGUAACAAUAGUCUCAAGUGUUGCAAUGCCGAUAAGAUGAAGAGUCUCAAUGCACUUAGAGCCCAUUUAAUGGAAUGACAAUGAUUUACUUAAAGUGGAAAUCCUACAAAUGGGGCUGUUCUCCCAUUUAAAAAAUUGAAUGAUGUACUGAACCUUGUGUAAAAGAAUCCCAGCCAAAUUACUCAGGCUAAUAAACACACAGUGCUCUAUAAAGGUACCAUCAUUUAUUGAAAGAAGAUUAACUAGGCGGCAGCUUCAACUGCACGGUUGAAAUAUUGGCAACGCAUUCCUUGUACCAGGGGUUGAGCAACCAAAAUAACAAGAAGUGCCAUUUUUUCUCGAAUUCGGUAAAACAAAAAAAAACGAUAUUUCAAAAAGCCGCGAUGCACAACGUCACGAAGCAGCCCUUUGAAGGAGCGGCGGACGGCUCUGGAACCGCACGCAAGUUGCCGAGCCCUGGCUUAGACGCUCCAAUUGUUGAUCUCAGCAACAGUGCAGAAGAGAACCAUUCGAGGCGAUCGUCCCUGGGAACCUCUCAAACGUCCGCGCGGAAGCAGUGUCGCCAACCAACACCGCGGGAGACGUGGAGGUUUCGAGGGACGAGACUAACGUGCGUGCGUGCGUGCUGUACUUGUAUCUGUACGUAAUUUCCGUAUGCAUGUUGAACUUCUUUUGCACCGUACGGGCAAUGACGCGGCACAACGGUAGUGCGUUCGCCGCUUACUGCAGACGUUCACGGUUCGAAUCCAGUGGCCGCCCUGGUUAGCCGGCAUCAGAGUCCAAGUCGGCCAAAUUCGAAAAUUAUUUGCAAAUUACUAAUUUUUUAUUAUACGCAGUGGCAAUCAUCGCCCCCUACCGGCAGGCUAAUGUCCAUUUGCAAGCCAGGUGCCGAGUCAACCUGUGCCACACAGGGACAGCUGCCGCUGUGGGUGCCUUAUUAUAUGUUUGAGAUGUGUUGUAGGGAGUAUAGACCGCCAAAUCAAAAGCACAUCAUUAACCUUGCCCAAACUCUGAAUAUAAUAACAGCUGAUAUCUUUAUGGACACCCUGGACAGUAUUUUACACAUCCAUGCAUUUAAAUUAAGGGUAAAAACACACACGUUCUUCUCGAAAUAAAUUUUAUGAAAAUCCAUGCAGAAUACUCAACAGUCAUUGUGGCUUAAUGUCCCUGCUCUUGGGAGCAAGGCAGUAUCGUACGGCGAUUAUCACUAAAUAAUGUCUUAAUAUUGCUUUCACACCACACUAGGCAGCACUCCACACAUGUUUGUGUGAUGUAUAAAUCACGGGUAAUGUGCCAUUACAUUCGUGGAAAACUGCAUGGACAGAGCUCUAAAAAUCUAACGUUUGAAAACGCUUACACCCACACAGUGUAAAAAAAAAUAACACAAUCACGAACAUUGCAUAAAUGUCCAGCUUGACAUCUUUGCAACAAUUUUGCAGACCUUUGGAAUGAAGCAGGACUUUUUUCAGUCAAUGUCAUUGUAACGGCGCCGCUUUCACACACAUUGAAUGGGCGACGACGCAUGAAAAUUUACGUGGCAACGGCCUCUGAAUAUUCCACACAAAGCACUAACUUACAUAAUGCACUAUUGUAAAUAUUUUGCAAGCAGUUUUAUUUUUCCCCAAAAACGGUUGGAUAAAUCAAUGCAAAACUUUUUCGUUGAGACAUUUAUUACCCAAAGAGAUCUACUGUUAGUAUUAAAAAAAAAAUAUCCCAUCUCUUGUGCUGAAAUUGUAACGUACAUUCUUCGCACGCGCACAGACGAAUAUCACCGUAUGUUGUAAAGUAUCGGUGGGACGAUGCCUCGCUCGAUGCAUUGAUUAAAAUCGACUCUUGCGCUCACAAUGCAGACGUCCAAUUGUGUCCGCGCGGGAUUCAAUAACUUGCGGUCCGCGUUUCAUCGGCAAUCGGCUCACGUGACCCUGGAAGCCGCUAGAGGUGCUACAAUCCACCACGAUGUUCGCAGAGGGACCGAUUCUUGGCAGGUAAUCACAACCAACAUUCAUUAAAAUUCAUCGAAUCGUUCCAGGCCUAUUGUAAGUGUGCGCACUGUUCCCACAGUAUACAAAGAGACACAACGUGCAAUUAGUUUUAAUUCUAAUUACCGUGACAGCUGCCAAGUGCUUCCACAGCUCCAUAUAUUCACAAUGACUGGAUAGCAGACUGACAUUCCGACUGAUUACGCGAAGGCCUUUUAUUACAGUU